GCCGCCCUCAUGCCCCCAGCGCCAACAAGACCCCCCAGCGGCAAGACGCACGUCAGAGCGUACCAGGCAUGCCAGCCAUGCCGAAUCGCCAAGCUCAAGUGUAACCUGGGUGACCCAGAUGCCCCCCACGACCCCCCUUGCGAUCGAUGUCACAGGUCAGGCAGGCAGUGUGUCUUUGGCAAGCCGUAUUCCAGACCCAAAGGACUGGUCAGAAAAAAGAGGGAGAGUGAAAGCGUGGCCAAGCCCCCAGUUGCGUCCACUUCAUCAGCGACUUCAAGGCCGAGCGCACCGAACGGGAUACAUUCUAUCACUCCCCACUCUCGACAUCCAGCCUCUGACCAUGGCAUGUCACAAGACUUUCGUUUUGUCCGCGGCGAGACUUUGGAGAAUCCCGCCGACGCUCUUCGCAUCUUGUAUGCGGCUGCCGAGUACGACGCCUCGCACGAGCGGGCAGAGAGUGCUACCAGUGAGGAGGGGCCGAGCCAAACAGGACUUUGGGAGAGGUGGAUACCAGUCAGGGAUGGGCUACUCACAGCAGAAGAAGCGGCUCUGUUACUCGAUUGCUACAAGGACCACCUCAACCCAUGUCAUCCUGUGGUGCCCAAUGAGCUAUUUCUUUCCCAAAACUUUAGCUUCCUCCUUUCCGAGCCCAUCCUUCUGGCUGCUCUUGUCAGUACAGCAGCCAGGUACCUCGACCUCGGUCACUCUUUCGACGAGAACGAGCCACAACGAUCGAAUGUGAUUCAAGGAAAGUUGAUGAACUGGGUAUCGUCAAAGAUCGGUCUUUUGUCCAUGGGAGAUACAACGGCCAGAACGAUAGGCACCGUCGAAGCCCUCCUGAUUCUUUCCGAAUGGCCGCCCAUCCCGAGUCUCAUCGCCCCCUCUGCGCCUCUUACCUCCAGACGCCCGCCGAAUCCAUGUACCAUAUAUGAUGAUGCCUCUUGGACACUGAUCGGCCUCGCAGUAAGGAUAGCGCAAGAGCUGAAUCUUCAGAACGAAAACACGUAUAUGACCAGCAAUGAUGAACCGCCCUGGUCUUCUCAUAGGAGACGUAAUGCGUGGAUUCAUUGCCUUUCGGCAGACAGACAAGCAUCAGUCCGACUUGGGAGAGCUUCUCUUGUGCAAGCCAAAAUGUCAACAUGCUGGUGGGAAAGUCUCGUUGUGCAAUCUCGCGACAUGCCUGUUCCCGCCUUUCCCCGCUCCGAGAUCGCCUGGCGCGAGAUAUUCGGUGUCGCUGAGCUCACCCACCUGAUAGGGUUUCUUCAAGAAUUGUUAUACACAACCCCUUCCGUCACUGCCGACUUGAUCAAAACACACCGGUUCGAGAUUACUCUCCACCGGCUCAAGCCCGAACUCGAUUCGCUUUGGAGGAGACAAGCGGAGGACCUACCGAGUUACGAUAUCUUCAGGGAAGGAGAAGGCGAGGCAUUGACGGAGGAUGAGUUGAGAGAGAUCAGAUGGAGGAUGGAGUUUGAUUAUGUCAAAUUGUACGCCAAUGCCAUUGCAAUGCGCGCUGCACAAACUCGCUCCCGCAAUAAGCUACAAUAUCCAAGCGACACUGUCUACCACACCAAUGUCAUGACUGCCGUGGAAGGUCCCUUCAUCCUCGAAGCGGUGGAUGCGGCACUGUCGCUCGUCCGGUGCGGGAUCGUCAUGGGGAAGAAGGGUGUAUUGAGAUACUGCCCCUGUAGAGUGUUUGCUAGACUUGUUUUUGCGAGUGUCUUUCUGAUGAAGGCCGUCUCGUUCGGGGCCAUCGGUCAGCCAGAUACAGAAAUCAUCGAUCUGGAAUAUACCUUGAUCGACUCUCUAGCUGCCUCCAGCGCAGACGAGCAUCAUAUUUCAGCGUAUCUCGCUAAGCUGUUGAGCAAGGUAUUGGAAAGUAUUCCUAGACGCGGGAUGGCGCCUGGACGUCUGAAUCCGGGGGCAGAUGAGGUCGGCUUGUUAUUCAACAGCCAUCUAGAGGGCCAAGGAUCUAAGUCCGGCGCUCUAGACAUGUCUAGUGGUCCUGCACAUCAGCCGUUAGAUUUUGAUGUCGGUGGGUCUGCCCGCAGUGGGACAGGUGCAGAAAACGGGGGUGUUGGAUGGGAAGAUUCGAUGAGCAUGCUCUUUGAUCUGGGAUACAACCCCACGAGUAUAGUGAGUGAUAUAGAGGAUAUGUUGGCGGCAUCCGAUCCGGGUUUCUUUGGAAUUGGGACCGGGGGGCUAGGAGAUAUGUGAGCUAUGGCAGAGUUGUAUCUGUGACACAUAGGCAUAUGUACGGUUGUAUCCAUGGA